GAAACAGAACCUGUGGACAGCACAACACAUAAAAAUCGUAAAACCAGGAAUUUCAAGGCCUUCAAGGCAGAAACCAGCGAACAUAAGCUUUCAGACACAGUAGCCGGCAAACAUAAGGCAACCACUCCCGAAGAGAUAGAUUGGUCAAUGUUUGAAGACGCCAUACCAAUGCCUGACAAAAAGCAGUUACAAAAUGAACAUGCCCUUAUCAUUUGCACAGUAAUGAGUACUCCCGAGAUCUUGAAGGAACUCUCGUCAAACGGUGGCUCCAUAGCCGCUGUCAAACUGAGUGCCGAACAUCUAAAAGGCUACUCCGUGGAUGCGUGUGCGAAGCCCAUGUGCAGCCUGACUACAACGUUGAGUGGAAGUUUGAACAGCUCUUGUCAGAUGCUGAAGGACGCAAUGAGCUUGUACAACAACAUUCCGCUAUUAUUCGCCGAAGCAUACAAAUGGAAGGAAGUAUAUGGCAGCAGCCUAAAUAUGGUAAUUUAUGCGGACAAAAAACCGAAGGAAAUUGAGAAACUUUUCCGCAAUAUAAUGCAUGAAUUUCGACAAAUUUGGGAGUCUUACCAGCAACAGGCGAAGAAAAAGGAGAUAUCAAAGCCAGUCAGCUCUCGGCCGCUACUGCUAGCGUUUCCAAAAUUCGAAAACCGCGCAAGGAUACAGUUUCCAAACAAGUUUUCUGAAAUCGCUUCUAUGAAAACCAUAGCCACCCUUGUAUGCCUACUGCUAAUACUUGGAUUGUCGAUCACUACAUUCAUCAUCGGACUUAUCAAGAUAAGAAGAAAUAAAGUGAAAUAG